AUGUCGGACGGUGAUUCGAAGCCGGAAAAGUUGACCUUGGUCCGACUGGUUAAAGAAAUAUUCAAUUGGUAUCCAUCUUCGUAUCCGUCGGAAGAAAGAAAACUACUAUUUAAAUUGGAUGUUUCUAUUCUGAUCUUUGCCUGCCUCUGCUUUUUCGUCAAGUACUUGGAUCAGACAAACAUCACCAAUGCCUACGUCAGUGGCCUCAAAGAGGAUCUCGAGCUCAAUGGGAAUCAACUCAACUAUUUCAAUGUUUGCUAUUACACCGCAUACGUGGUAUUCCAGGUCCCUGGUCUGCUCUUAAUGUCGCGUCCAAAACUAUCUCGUUGGCUUCUUCCUGGUCUUGAAGUACUCUGGGGAAUUUGCACAUUCGCACAGAGUCGCGUGCAAAAUGUCGGUCAACUCUAUGCGCUUCGGUUCUUGGUUGGCAUGUUCGAAGCCCCUGUUUUUGCGGGGACUCAUUUCAUCUUGGGAGCAUGGUACUCUGGCCCGGAACUCUUCAAGCGAGCUGGAAUGUGGUUUGUAUGCAACCCACUGGGCUCGAUGGUCAGCGGAUAUCUACAAGCAGCAGCAUACACCAAUCUCUCUGGAGUAUCGGACAUGCCGGGAUGGCGAUGGCUAUUUAUCAUCGACGGCGUCUUCACCAUUCCCGUCGCACUGAUCGGCUUUAUCGUCUUCCCCGGUAUCCCGGACUCACCACGGCCAUUCUAUUUGACGGAAAAGGACAUUGCAUUGGCCAAGGAGAGGGAGAAAAAAGCCAACAUCCGACGACCCGGAAAGCUGGGAUUGGAUGUCUUCAGGCGAUCAUUGAAACGGUGGCAUAUUUGGGUUUUUAUUCUCUGCUACGCCUGCAUGAUCAUCUCCGCCUAUCCAACUACCUAUAUGAGUCUCUGGCUCAAGGAAGCGGGCUACUCGGUCACCCAAGUCAACAAUCUUCCAACGGUCAUCUAUGCUAUCCAAAUUGUUGCUUCGUGGCUGGGAUCAACGCUUGCUGCCAUUUAUCCUGCGUGGAUCAUCUACACUAUUGUCUCUGUCUGCUGUUUGUUUUCGACAUUAUGCAUGAUCAUUUGGAACAUUCCCACUGCUCUCAAAUUCUUCGCCUGGUACCUCUUCGGUGUCUCUGGAUGCGCGAGUCCCAUCCUAUACUCAACCGUGAAUACCAUAGUCAAAGACGACUCGGAGGAGCGAGCGCUCAUCCUGGGCUCUAUGAUGACAUUCGGCUAUUCAUUCAACAUCUGGGUCCCCCUUCUUCUCUUCCCAACAGCUGGUCCAGACGGUGCUCCGAGAUGGAGAAAAGGAUGGCCGGUGACUUUUGUCUUUUAUUUUCUUCUAUGGGCUGGUUUCGUGGCUUCUAUCCUUAUUUAUAGAAGGGAGAAAAAGAGGGAUGCCGCAAUACCAUCGCGAGAGAGCAACUCUGAUGCAGAAGGAGAAGCUGUUGUGCAAGUUGGCGAAAGUGCGAAACAUGGGAGUUGA